AUGCAACAACAGCAAUUACAACAACAACAACAACAGAAUAUACAGUUACCUGUACCUGUUAAGCAGUUGAGUAAAAGACAAUUGAUGGAUGAGACCUAUGUGGAUAGAUUGGUCUUUGAGAAGGAACCAAACAAUCUGUUGCGUGAUGGACAACUCGUUGGCUAUGAACAGGAGGUCAGGAUACGUACACAGGUGUCGGUCAAUGGUGGCCGUAACUUUGUCUACAUGGUCGACCGUCUCAACAAGCCAACAAUCAUAUUGAUGAUCGAUGUCAUUAGAGGUCAGCUGAGCCUCUACACCAACGAUCUGGUGCGCUUCACCAGCUACGUCAACCUCACCGACUGGACACGUGGCCUCCUCGUCGAUCACAUUGACUCACUUCCAAUCCCGCUCGACGACACCGUCUACCCCUUCAACUACAAUGGAUUGAGGAGGCACAUGGACAUCAAGACACCAUUCCUUGUAUUCUCUUCAUUGAGCAUAGUGGAGUAUGACAUUAUCGAGCAGGUCUUGAAGAGGCAAGGUCUGGUGGUCGAUGAGAGUCAAUACAUAUUCGACAUGUUGACCAUGACCCUGGAUGAACUACGCGGCAAAUUGCCUCAGCUCAAGGCCAUGGUCGAGGGAAAUGAAGGUCAAAUCCAAGAGGAGGAAGCUGGUAUCAUUGACUCAUACUGGGCAUACAGAAGCGCAGUGUCUAUGGAGUUUAUGAGGUGGACUACUAAGCACAGCUUGACAAGCUGCAAGAGAGUGGGAGUGGACAUGGUCAGCUGGAUCAUACAAUAUAGUGACGGAAGCAUUGGCAACUUGUUCACGCCAAGUGAGCAUAGGAAACGCGGUUAUGCCAAGUCUGUCGUUGCAGACUUACUCAUCAGAAUGCUGGAGAAAGGUGAUGCGCAGCCAUACCUUUACAUCAAGACCGACAAUACCGAGUCGCAGGCAUUAUUCAGGUCAUUGGGCUUCCAUGCCACAAACCUUGCAAGAUGGCUUGAGGUCAGUGCUGCCCCUGUUCCACUACCUAUUGUUGACUCGAGUCCAGUUGCUUUGACACAACAAGACAACUUACAACCAUAA